AUGAGUGUAUUAAAAUAUAUAAGAAACAAUUUGUAUAUUUUAUUAUUAUAUAUUUUUUGUAUAUAUUCAAGAUGCUUGUGUAAUAUAAGUCUUCAUCCAUCCUUAGCAGAUUUCUUCGUAGAAAACCUUCGAGAUAAUAUUUUUAUAUCCACGAAUAAUGUGAUUAAUAAGAAAUUAACGAAUCUUGAAUGUUCUAGUGAUGAUUUCCUAGAAUGUCACAACAUAAACAAGGAAAAAGAACAUGGAAUGGAUAAAAGGAAUGAUACAAAUAUAAAUAUAAAUACAAAUAUAAAUACAGAUACAUAUACAUAUAAUAAUAAUGAUGAUGAUAUAGACAUACGUAAAGGAAAUACAAAUAAAUUAUAUUUAAAAGAAAACGAUAAAAAAUAUGUUUAUAUGUACGAUGAAUACCAAGAUAUUAAAUACAGCUAUUUACAUACAAACCCUUUUUAUAAAAUUACAAAAAAGGAUAUAGAACAAACAAAAAAAAAAAAAAAAAAAAACGAGCAAGAUAUUUAUAAAAAAGAUAUGCAACAAAAAAACAAAACAAAACAAAAUGAUAAUAUAUUUUAUAAAUUAUUUUCAUCCUUUAUAAAUAUUAUCUUUCCUAUUUUUAAGAGAAAAGAGAAGAAUGAAAUUACAACUAUUCAAAAUAAAUGGUAUUCAUCAUAUAUUAUUGAUUAUAAAAAAACAAAUAUUUUAUAUACUCCGGAUAAUUCAUCAAAUAAUUAUUAUGUUGAGAAAAAAAAAAAUAAAAUCAAAGGAUUACAUUUAACGGAACAUAUAGGAAAUAUAAACGACACGUCUGUAUUAACACCUUUAUCCUUGGCCAUAGAAGAAUUAAAAUUCAGUAAUAUAUUUAAACAUGUAUGGGAAGGUACAUAUACAAAUAUUGUUUUUUUAGAAAACACAGGGUCGUCGUCAAAUCACGAUAAUGAAAAAAUAAAACAAUUUAAUAAUAUAAAUAUUAAUAAUAAUGAUAGUAUUAAAGGUAUGAAGGUUCUUCGAGAAGAUCCGCAGGACUUAUUAAAACGCGGAGCAAACAAUAUGAAAGAUAAUAAUGGACAAAUGAAAAAACAAAAUAUAAUACAAACACAACAUACAAAUUUUGAAAUGAACAAAGGAGAUAUGAACAGAAUAGAUGAAAACAAAGGAAAUAUGAACAGAAUGGAUGAAAACAAGGGAAAUAUGAACAGAAUGGAUGAAAACAAAUAUAACCAUUAUAAUAAAUAUGACUACCCUGGGACUACCGAUUCAUCACAAAAUCACCAUAUUCAUCAAGGUGCGAAAAAAUUAAAACAUUUCUUAGACUACGAAAAAAAUUCGCUGCUGGUAAAAUAUAUUAAAAAAUCGAAUGGGCAAAAUCAAUAUUUUAAUAUUUUAAAAGUUGUUGAAAAUGAGGUGCCUUUAGAAAUCGCUAGUAAUAUUUUAGAGUCCUUAAAUAUAAAAGAAGAAAAUAAUUUUGAAGAUGUUUUCAAAAAUAACAAAAAUGUAAAUGUUGGUAUAUGUACAAGAGAUACGUUAAGAGAAAUGACAAAACCUUUUUUUUUGUUUUUUCGUAUUUUUAAUAGAAUAUUAGUAGAAAAAAGUAAAAAACUGGAUUUCAUUUUGUCGAACAGAAAAUAUAAAACACAUGAUAAUAUAAAUAGUAAAUCUAGAAAUAUUUCAGAGUAUACAUAUGCAUGUGUUUUUCUAAAGUCUAUAGAAAAUUCAGAAGUUUCUAUAUCUUUAAGAAAUAAUAAAUAUAUGAAAUGCUCUUGUAAUAAUUUGUAUAAUAAUAAUAAAAAAGAUAAUAAUAUUUAUGAUGAUAAAUAUAAUAAGAAGGAUAAUAACAUAAAAGCUUCAUCUCAUAAUAACAAAAAAAAGGAAUGUUGUAACAGUGAUAAUAAUGACUUGUGUAAUAAUAUAAAUUUGUAUAAUUCUUAUGGAAAGGAAAAUAAUUUAUGUUCAUGUUCAAAUAAUGAAGAUAACAAGAAUUAUAUAAAAGUGACGGAUGAUAAAAUAUAUAAAGAAUGGAAUGAAAACAACAAGAUAUAUAGAAGAAGACGAAAUAAUAAUAUGAUGAAGAUGUUCAUGUUUUCUACAAAUAUUCUAAAUAGAGUUACUACAUAUAAGGAUUAUAGUUAUUAUAAAAAUAUUUAUAAAUUACAUGUAAAUUAUAAUGGUGUAUGUAACCACAUAAUUUUUACAUAUAAGUAUAAUAAAAGUAAAUUUCUGGAUUUUAUAUUUAAUACAAAUAUUUGCUAUAGUAAUAGUUAUAAAAACGAUGACAUUCAUUUCAAUAAUCCUAACUAUAAUCUAAAAGAAAACAUUAUAUUUAGUGGUAUAUGGGUUUAUGGAAUAUCAAAAAGAAAUGACUUAUAUCAUAAUUUUUUGAAUAAAAAGAAAAAAGAAAAAAAAAAAAAAAAAAAAGAUGCAAAUUAUAAUAAGAAGAAUGACAUGUAUGUUAAGGGGAAGUUAUCACCAUAUGAUAACUCGUAUGUAAAUUAUAUGAGUGGUGUAGAUCAUAUGAGUGGUGUAGAUAAUUUGAGUGGUGUAGAUAAUUUGAGUGGUGUAGAUAAUUUGAGUGAUGUAGAUAAUUUGAGUGGUGUAGAUAAUUUGAGUGGUGUAGAUCAUAUGAGUGGUGUAGAUCAUAUGAGUGAUGUUGGUGUUGAUGGUGAUAAUAUUCAUUAUAAUGAUAAUAUUCUUAUCGAUGAUGAUAUAAAUUACAAUUAUAAUUUUGACAAUAUUAAUAAUAAUAAUAAUAAUAAUAAUAAUAAUAAUAAUAAUAAUAAUAGUAGUAGUAGUAGUAGUAGUAGUAGUAGUAGUAGUAGUAGUAGUAGUAGUAAUAUCCUGAAUGAUGAUAAUAAGGAAAAAAAGAAGGAUGAAGAUAUUGAUAAGACAUACAAAAAAUACUGGAGGAGUAGUAGUUCUAUGCCUAAUAAUUUUUAUUAUGAUAAGAAUAAUAAAGAUUUAUCGGAAAAUAUAAAAGAUGAAAAAGGGAAAAUAUUUUGGAAAGAACAAAUAUUAAAUUAUAGGAUAUCGUCCUUACAUCGAUAUAAAAGGAUGAAUAUAUUAAAUUUCAAAAGUAGGAUUAGUGAAGAGAAAAGAGCAUAUUCGUAUUUAAUUAAUAAGACAAUAAAUAAUAGUGAUGAUAUAUUAUUAUUAUCUAAAAAAGGCAUUAUAAAAUUUAAAAACCCUAUUGUAUUAAAUGAACUCUUAAUAGGUUUUUCUUUUAAUCCUAUAUAUGAUUAUAUGUGUAAAAAAAAUAAUAAAUCUAUAAUAACUUCAGAUAUGAAUAUACUUAAUAAUAUGAGAAAUAAAAAAGAUGAUACUUUUAGUUUUGAUGAUUAUAUGAAUAAAAUAUCAUGUGGAUAUAAUAAGCCACAAUAUUUUUAUAUAUUUUUUCAUUUCUAUUUAAAUAAUACUAAAAAAUAUAAUAUUGUUUUAGAGAUACAUGUAGAUUAUUUUAAUAAAUUUAAAGAAUAUAAAGAUAUUUCUUUCCAAUAUGUUAAUGUAUUAAAUUAUUUAAGAGGAAAUAUUCAUUAUUAUAGAAUUAAUAAAAUACAUAUUGAAUAUUCUCUAUCACCUUUUAUACAUAAGAAUGAAUAUUUUGAUCAUACCAUUAUGCCUUUCUAUAUCACUUUAAAUAGUUUAAUAGUAAAUGAAAGUCGUAAGGUUUAUAAUUACGUGCCCAUAUUUUACACAUCAAAAAUUAACUUUUUACAAGUGAUCAGUAGAAAUAUAAAAAAUGAAAAGAUUGUAGAUAAUAUGAAUACAUAUAAACAUGGUGAACACGUGAAUUCACAAAAUAAUAAAAGCGAUGAGAAAAAAAAUGGGUCUGAUGAAAGUCAGAUUAAAAUGAACAAUCGUAGUAAAGAUCAUGAUAACAAUGCAUAUUAUGAAAAAAAAAAAAAAUCCAUGAACAAUAAUAAUAAUACCUUUGGUAAUAAUAAUGUUAAUAAUUCGAGUAGUGGUGAAGGACCAACGACAACAACAAAUGAACAAGUUGAAAGAAAAAAUAAUAUAACGGAUGGAACAACAGAAAAACAAUUUUAUUCAAACGUAUUAAAUAAAGUAAUAAAAUAUUUUUUAUCAAAAGAAGAUGAGGAAAAAGAAAGAAAAAAAAAAGAUUUAGAAUUAAAAAAGAAAGAAGAUUAUUCAUAUUUUAUAUGGAAAGAAAAAAAUAAAAGAAAAAAUAAAAAUAAUAAUUCAUCUUAUAUUAAUAUUCAUUCCUUUUCUUUUUUUACAUCGAUAAAUGAAACCAUUUUUUUAAAGCAUAUAAUACAAUAUAUAUGUAAUACAGAUAAAUGUAUAUAUGUACAUAAUAAUACUUUAAAGAAUCAAGAGAAAAAAAAAAAAAAAAAAAAAAAUAAUAAUAAUAAUAAUAAUAAUAAUAAAUAUGGAAAUGGUAUAUAUGACAUAUAUAAUAAUAAAGAUUUAUAUUCUGUUCAUAAUAAUAAUAAUAAUAAUAUACUUUAUAAACCAUAUAAGACAAAUAUUAUUUAUCACGAUGAUGUACUCAUAAAACCAAUAGUUAAUGCGUCAAAUAAAAAAAAAAGUAUCAUAAAAGAAGAAAUAAAAGAAUUAACCAAUAUAGAAAAAGAUUAUUUACAAUUUUUAAAAAAUAAUUUAUCUAAAUAUAUAAGAGAUAAUAAGAAUUAUAUUAUCGCAUAUAAUAUGACUAAUUUAUAUAAAUUUGAAUAUAUAAAAAAUAUGUAUAUAAUUCCCCCAUAUAAUAAAGGUAUAUUAAUAAAUAUCGAAAAAGAACAUGAACAAAUAUAUUUAGAUAUUUAUAAUAAUCUCUCUUAUUUAAAAUAUGAAGAAAUAAAUGAAAAAUUAUAUUAUAAUACAAAAAAAGAAUUAGAUAUCAUAUAUUUAUACGCAGCAUUCUUACCAUUAGAAAGUGAUUUAUUCCAUCUUAAUUAUUUAUCACAAAAUAAUUUAACAUUAAAUAAAAUAUACAAACAACAUUAUAAAAUUAUUUUUAAAAAUGUUAUACCUUUUACAAAAUAUGAUGAUUUCUAUAACACACAUAAAAUUAAUCCUCAAGAACUUAUAGAUAUAAAUUCUCUGAACCUAAAAAGUAAUUCUUUUCCAACAGACCUAAUGAAUUUAAAUAUUGACGAAAACAUAUAUAAAACCAAAAUACUAGAAUUCAUACAAAACAAACUUAAAACAGCUUUACAAAUGAAUUCAGAAGAUAAAAAAAAAUAA